AUGCCCCUCCAAUCCGACCUCUCCCUCCCCCCCUCCACCCUCCACCUCAAACUCCACCCAACCUCCAUCUCCCCUCAAACCCACACCUUCAACACGCAUCUCAUCGCGCAAACCACUUCCGGCCCGAAAUGGUACGAAAUCGGAGCAGAACAGUAUCGUCGAAUGCGAUGGGAGGGAAAAACUGCCAUGCCGAGGCCCGUUGUGUUGGAUGGUGAUGAUGGGGAGUUGAUUUUGAAAGAGGAUGAGGGUGAGGGGAGGAGGGUGCCGGUGAGGAUUUUUAGACCAUCAAAGGAUGAUGAUGGAAAGGGGGAGGUGAAGGGGGUUUUUUGUCAUAUUCAUGGUGGGGGGUGGGUUUUGCAGAGUGAGAAGUAUCAGGACUCCCUCCUCAAAUCCUACUCCACCUCAUCCUCCCUCAUCGUCAUCUCCAUCGGCUACCGCCUCGCCCCCGAACACCCCUACCCCGCCGCCAACGAAGACUGUCUCUCCAUCGGCGAAUACCUGAUCGACCACGCCGUCUCCCACUUUGGCGCCCCCCUCACAUUCAUCGGAGGAGAUUCUGCAGGAGCGCAUUUGGCAGUAUUGACGACGAUGAAAUUGUUGGAGACGCGGCCGGAUUUUCGAUUCAAGGGUUUGGUGUUGAAUUUUGGAUGUUAUGAUCUUUCCGGGGGGAUGCCGCAGGUGCAGCAUUUUGAUUUACCAUUGGUUUUGGAUCGGGAUAUUUUGGAGAAAUAUAUAGCAGCAUAUCUCCCCGGAAAAUCCAUCCAAGAGCGUCGAGAUCCAUCGAUCAGUCCCUUUUACGCAAACCUCAACAAAAUGAAACUCCCACCCGCCCUCUUCACCUGCGGCACUCUCGACGUACUCCUCGACGACAGCGUCCUAAUGGCAACCAAAUGGGCCAUGUCAGGAGCCGCAUCCAUUCUAAAACUCUAUCCUGGCGCUCCACACGGUUUUACCUUUUUCCCCGUCGGAGGCACAGAACAGACGGAAAUUGCUUUGAGAGAUAUUGGAGAGUUUAUGAAUGAUCGAUUGGCGGAUUGAUGAUGAUGUUUUGUGGGAUGUAUUGAUUCAUAUUGGUUACACGAGUAGAUGAGGUGGGAAGAGGAUGGAUGGAUAUCGUACGUUUUGCGGUGAUCAAUUUGUUUGAUUUUAUCCAAAAGGCCCCCAAAAAGAAUGAUGAUAUUCGCCAAUUCCCACUCUUUUUUC